AUGGAGAAUGAACCGCAAUCCGCUACUUCCUCCAGGCGGGGCCGUUUGAUGGGGAAGUUGUUCGCCUUGAAGGACAAAGAUCGCAAGCCGACGCAAGAAGAGAAAGGAAGCAGUAUCAACGACUUCCUCAAUGGCCCUUCCGACACGCUGCAGGUAUCCCACGCUACACCUUCAAGCGCUCUCCCCCAGCUCUCAAAGCUAGACACGACCUCGGCCACACGCUACCCUCAAGCUCUGUCCGUUGCGAGUCACUCUCAACAGAGCCUGACUCUCCCAAUCCACUCUGCUCGCAGUCCUGCCCAGAGCCCAGGCCUGCCGCCGCCAAGGAGUCCGCGGCGCAACAACAGGAAGGGCCUCAACGUCCGUUUCGUGGAUUCAUACCCUGAGAUUAUUGGUGAAGGUGGUGACGAGUCAGAAAUCCCCGCGAUCGAGGUAUCGAGGAACAAAAAGCAACGCCCUCCACCCUCUCCCCAUCGAAGACCUAUUGUCGCCGUUCACGAUUCUCCUCCAAGAGCUCCACCUGCGCCGAAAGAUGAUACCGACUUUGCUCCGGGUCGCCUGCGCCGUACUCAGACCGGAUUCUCCUCCAUCCAUGAAUCCGAGUCCAGAGAACCUCCUCCUCCUCUUCCAAGGGAGGUUGCACCGGGCCACAAUGCUUCAGCGCCAUUCCUAGACACCCCUACUAGUGCCAAGGAUGAGAAUCGGAAAUCUUUUAUUGAGUAUCACCAGGCGGAAAUGCGACAGGCUGAAGGAAGAGCUUUCGCGGAGGCCGCACGAUCGGCAAGCCAGUCCUCGCACCCUCAGGGCGAUGAGCGUGCAGGCUAUACACCCGUUACAUCUCAAAUUCACGAAUCACCAACAAAAUCACCUGAUCAUCACAGGAACCCUCCAGACCAAAGCCCUUCGUCAGUUUAUUCAACCACAAGCAGCUUUGGACAACAAAGCACCAACAAUAACUUUUCGCGACAGACAUCUGUCAGCUCUCAACACAACUUGGUACCCCCCGCUUCAAUGGCUUCGAGGCAACCAUCCUUCAACAUGCACGAUGCGGUUCUUGCAGUUGGUGAUGAUGCCCUGAACACUUUUGUUGCACGAACUCGUCACUUGAGUGAGCUUUUCCGACUGCAUGCCGAGACAAUCAAGCCUCUAUCAGCUUGUUUGCCCUAUGAGCUGGCACGUGCUUCCCUAUGGUGGUUCCUGAAAGGACGCAUGGCCCUUGAGGCGGCUGUGCGUGCGCGACCUGGAAGUCCUAAAGAUCAGAUGCAGAACGACAUGGAACGCCAACAGGCUUAUGCAAACCUUGCCAAGGGCUACUGGCUCUCUGAAGAGGCCAUACCCGAGCUAAUUGAAGCAAAGCGACUUCCUCUAGAUGCUGGAAUCAGUGAGAUACGUUCAUCACUCGUUUCGUCGCUCAAGAAACUGGCUGUUUCGAUGAAGCGAAAUAAUUUCCUUCCCCCUGAAGAGGCAUUGCUACCUCAGACGAUUGACAAGUCGAUUUGGGUCGAGUAUCCCAGGCUCAGCGUUGACAUGGUUGCGUUACUCACUGCGGAUUCUCAGGCCGCCAUCACUGGCAUGGUCAAGACCCCCUCACCUGCCGAAAUACUAGACUCUCUACCCCCUGGUGACACCACCGAAAAUUUCACAUUUGGAAGAAUAACUACAGACGUCUUCUUGAUGGAGCAGGGGAUGGAUUCUCAAAGAUUCUAUUUCCCUUGCCUUUUGUCCAUGGUUCGACCCCAGAAGCAGCCCAAUCUAGUGUUUGUCAUUGCCAGCCAGCAUGGCGAGGUCAACCUCCGGAUCCAGGGCAAUAAGCAAGUUGGGCCUACCUGGGACGAUGUUCGGUGGCGUAACGAAACCUGCUCACUUGAAAUCAAACUCCCCCGUGGCUUCAUGGUUGUUGCUCAAUGCUCACAGUCAGAUUACAGAAUGUUGUGGAGCAUGUAUGACUUUGGCGCCAAGGUACAAUCGACGCUAUACCCUCGGUCUGAUGAGCAUUGCACGUUCCGUUCCAAUCUUCGAUCUUUCCAAUACUUCGAUUCUGAUCCGCAAGCACGGGCGUUCCCUAAAGAGGCCAUUCAAGGCUGCGAUAUCGCUCUGUUUGAGAAAAUCCACAAGGAGCAUUCGCCCACUGGCCCUCGAGCUUACCACCGCGGUUUCAGAAUCACCGUGGUCACUGGUCCUCACACAAGAACUCUUAGCGGCAUCAAUCAUAGUUACUCACCCCAGCAGCCGAUUCCAUUCGGGUUUCUGCGCUCAGACAACGGCGAUCCAGCUUUGCUGCUCAAGUACGAUAACGGCCGCCAGAGAGUGACCAUGGUAAUUUCUUUCGGUGACGAGAGGGAAAGAUCGUACUUCCAUACCUUAUUGGUUGGCACAAAUGUCCAAAAAGACGAGACUAUUUUCGCAGACGUUCCUCUGAUCGGCUUUUCCGUCUCAACUUCAUUGAACGAUAGCAAAUACCUGCCGGGUAUUAGCCAAAUUCCUUGGACAGCGGCUCGGGUGAUCAAUGAGGACGCGGAUGAAGAUGUUCCUCGUACCGUCCUCUCCGAUAGGUUGAGAGUUGUUGUUGAAUCUAAACAAGGCUACCUAACCGAUCGUAUCAACGUCUCGCCUGGUGAACUGCGGCUAAGGUUAGAAGUCGAUAACGCAAAGAGCUUGGUGGUGAUGCGACAACCCCAAUUCGAUAUGACGGCUGCAGUUUCAGAUGGGUCUGUUGGAAAGGAGGUACCUAAAGAGUUGGCAGAAAUGCUCCAGAUGCUGCAGACCUCGCAGACCAUACGCACGUACAGUUUUCCGACGCUUAAAGAUCUUCAUGCCUUCCAAGCUGCGCUGACGGGUUUCACUGUUCUUUUUGACGGCCUCGCCGCUGCCUUUGCCAUAUCUCGUCGGCGAAUGGUGGUGCCUAUCCAUAAAAAGUGGGAAGCUGGCUGGACUCGAGUUCAAGUGAUUCAGCAGAAUUCCAUUAUCCAGUUGCUGGCAUUCUUCCCUGACUUCCACCAUGGACAGUGUAUGAAUUUCGUUCUCAAAGGCACUGAUGUUUUCGAGUCAUUUUCUCGCAGCAGUAAAGCUGGCAUCAAGUUCGUGGACGCCAAAUUCCCACUACCGCGGAUGCCCAACGGCACUGACGGGCAGUCGGACGACAUGGGAUUCAUCUGCAUCGACAUGCCGGAUCUGCCGGGAGAGCACGAUGACAUCUCGCUCCUCUUCGAGAACGAAGCGGGUAAGUUUCUUAGAGUUGAGUGGACUCGGGUUAUUGCUAACGUCCGAACAGAACGCGACCGUCUGUGCCAGUGCCUUCCGGCACCUGUCAAGGGUGCCUCAAGAUCAUUGAGGGGCAAAUGA